ACCCACACACACACACACAGAGCGCGAGCACAAGAUUGCAACAUUGCCAUGAUCAUUUGUCUUGUUAUUUCUUGUUUUAACGAUUUUUUUGCUUUUUUUGUUAGAGGACAGUGUGGAUGAGACAUGUCCUCCAGCCGGGAUUCGAACUCGGGACGCCCGUUGCGCAAAGGCGCGCUGCCCACAAGGCUAUACGUUAUACGGUAUUCUUAUUAACUCACAUUAACAAUUAGUGUAAUAAAUGUAUUGUUUAUAGCUUGUUCAUCUUAGUUAUUACAUUAAAUAAUAUUGCAAAUGACACCUUUCUAAGUGUUACAGUUACUUUUUGUUGUUUAUACAAAUGUUUGUAUUGUAUGUAUUAGAAUAAUUCAUUUGUUUUUGUUUUGUUUAUGUGUUAUAUAACCAUUAUUUUUGUUCACUGCUCAUGUAACUGCCGAUGUUUUGGCAAUGCUGUACAAUGCUGUCCAAUAAAGCGCAUUUGAAUUGAAUUGAGAGAGAGAGAGGGAGGGAAAGAGAGAGAGAGACAAUAAGAGAGGGAGAAAGAGAAACAGAGUUACAGAGCAAGAGAGAGAGACACACACAUACACACACAGAGCGACAGAGAGAGGCACACACCGAGGGAGGGAGAGGGAGGUCAGAGCUGUCCAAUCCCAUACAAGGCUUGAGCGCAGGAGGAAAAAACAAGAGCGUAUUUGCAGGAUAUUCUCACAGGAUGUGUAGCGGAGCAGAGCGAGAGACGGAGGAGCACACGAGGCGCUGAGGAGACCAGCAUGAGACCGUCAGCAGCCGAGAACAGCACAGGAGCAGCACACUACUGAGGUGACACACCUGAGACACACCUGCGCUUCUCACUCUCAACAUCAUGGGGACACGUCUCUGGAUACUGAUGCUCGUGGUGAACCAGGUCGCGCCGUACAGACGUCCAGCAGAAGCUUCACCCUGCCAAGUGGUCCACGAGGAUGUCGACUGCAGCAGUCUGAACCUCAGACGGGUCCCGGCACAACUGCCGGCCUCCAUCCACCUCCUCGACCUGUCUCGGAACCUCCUGCAGAACCUCACGGACCAGGAGCUUCCGGCCUUCUCCGGCGUCCGGAGUCUGAACCUCCACGCCAACAAGAUCCAGUUCAUCCAGCCGGGCUUCUUCCAGGACAUGAGCCUUUUGGAGGUGCUGGAUCUGUCAGAAAACUCCCUGGACCUUUACGCGGCUCUGAAAACACACGUUGGGCUGCUCGCAUCCGUGCGGCAUCUGGACUUGUCGGGAAACGGUCUGUUCACUGACAUGAGCGAUUAUUUCCUGAGCGAUGCUCCGCUCCUCACCAACCUCUCUUUAGACGGGAACAGCAUUACUAAAAUAAGCAGGGACACAUUUAACGGAUCUCAGGCUUUAACAAACAUCGACCUGCACAAUAACGUCAUCAUAGAAAUCGAAGAAGGUGCUUUUGAGUCCCUGACGGGACUCUCCGAACUCGAUCUGUCCGUAAACUCCAUUUCAUGCAUCACAGACUUCAACCUCGUGCAGCUCAAAACGCUAAACUUGAGCAAAAACAGCUUGACCAGCUUCCAGACCAUCGAUUCGGAUCUGGAGUUCGAGCUGAUGUAUCUGGAUUUGAGAGAAAACAAAAUCCUGUACUUCCCCGUCCUUCCCCAGAGGAACAAACUCAUAUAUCUGGACCUGUCCAGAAACCUCUUGAGAAGUGUGAACUGCUCAGGUCCACUAGAAGAGCUGGAGAACCUGAAGGCCAGCGGGUAUCUAUUCACCGACCAUGACAAACCGCUCUGCCUUUGCACCAAUCAGAGGCACCAGGAUCUUCCCAAGUUGCUCUACUUGGACUUGAGCUACAACCAGCUCAAAACGAUCCCGACCUCGUUCUUCAGCAGCAUGGUUUCAUUGGAGAGCCUGAACAUCAGCAAUAACUGUUUAGAGAGCUUCAGCGUGAACGCUGAAAUCCCUCUGAACUCGUUGAAAACUUUGGACAUCAGCUACAACAACCUGCAGAACUUAUCCUUCGGCGAGAACACGCUGGCUGCGCUGGAGGUGCUGCACCUUCAGGGAAACGCUCUCAGCAUGUUAGACGCCGGGAUUUUCUCAAGGCUUCCCAGCAUACGAAGCCUUCAUCUUCAGCAAAACCUGUUCAGCAUUUGUCCUCCCCUGCAGGGUCCGACAAACGACUGCAUCCGGCUGUCCUCUAUCCCAACACUGAGCUAUCUGUACCUCUCGGAGAACAGUCUCAUGUCGAUUCCUCCGGGUGCAUUCCAGGGCAGUUCGCUGCUCAUUCUGGAUCUCUCCCAGAAUCCCGGCAUGUACUUAGAGCUGUCGUCUCUCUCGGGUUUGGAGACGUCUCUCACCCAUCUUUCUCUCAGAGGAAACCAGCUCCAAACCCUAGCCGUGGACUUCACCCUCUUCCGCAAACUGAAGUCCUUGGAUCUGUCGGUGAACCGACUCACGGGCGUCUCUCUGUGGAGCGGAGAGUCUUCUGUGGAGUCCUUGAACCUGCAGAAAAACAGUUUGGUCACGCUGCCAUCCGACACGGUGAUUGCGCUGCAGAAAACACUCAGGACUUUAUACGUGGGCUCAAACCCGUUGAGCUGCUGCGGAAACCCGUACCUCCUCACGUUGCUCCAGCAGGGCAGGCUGUCCGUGCCGGACAUCGCCGCCGCGACCUGCUGGUACACCAGAGACUCGGAGAGCGUGGAGAUCAGCGUGAGCGCCGUGCAACCGGAGCACUGCGAGCCGGUGGACAGAAAGGUGCUGUGGAUCAGCGUGAUCGUGGUGCUUGCACUCGGACUGUCGUUGGUGUCGGUGGUUGCCUUGAAACUCUGUCACUCCAAAACACACGGAUUCAAAAGAGGCAUCAAGGCUUGAGUCUGCAGACCAAAGAAGGAAAAGAAACCAAAGCGUUCUCACCUGACUGUGGUGCCGCAUGCAUGACAGCCGCCGCAGCAGCGGGUUUCAGUAUGUGAUGCGUGGGUGAUCUGGAACAAGCUCAAUGUGAAAUCCUCAUCACCAUCUUUUGCAUUCACAUCCAUUUGCUAUUUAAACAGAAAUGCAUGCAGUACUCACAGACAGGUCGCGCGGGACGUGCUCUUGCAUUCAAAGCCAGCAGAUGCAAGAACACGGCCCUCGGACUGCACAAAUGAUGAUAUGUUUUUGUGCUGAUCUUCUGCAAUAACACUACACUUUCUGAUGCACGCACUUUAUCCGUUGUGAUUUGUGAAUAUGGGAGUGAAAUGUACCCGCGAUACGUUUGCAUAAUGCAAAAAACAGAUGCAGAUUCACCGGACAGAGUUCUAGAGCGAGAUGUGUGAUUGUAAGAGGGUGUUUUCAAUAUCGACAUGGCUGUGUGUUGUGCAUUAGCUGAAGGAAUUUUCAUCGGCCGGAUGAAAAAAGUGUUUUUAGUGGAACACCUGCAGCAGAGCGUCUCUCAGCGUCGCUUUCCUGUUGUUGAGCUCAGUUUCCUAUCGGUGAACGCAGCGUUGCAUUCGCCUUCAUGAUUUAUUCAUUCAGCCUCUCUCAGUGACACUGAACUGUGUUGGACCGGUGAUCAGGUUCAGCUCCACUCCAAACACAAACACACACCGGCUGCGCUGUUUGUUUGGUCAGUCGGGUCUUUUUUAAGAUAUUUCCAGCCUGGAGCUGAAAUAAGUUUGACCCUGGUGUCUAUAUUAGGCAUGGAUAAAGAUAGACAGGAAAUCCCUGUUGAGGGAAGCGCGCAUCAUCACCACGGAUAUUAAUAGAGGUUUGUUUCAGAGGCUGUUGACGCGAUACUGACAGCAGCUUCCUCUUGUUCGUCCGAGUCACAGCCACGCCUUCUGCUUUCCAGUUACACAUGACAAAACCCACACGAGUCACACACACACACACACACACGUCAUGUAUGAGCAGCCACUACACGCCAGUACUAUAUGAAGGAACUAUUAACACAUUGUUUGUAUAAUGAACUACUGUGUAAAUCUAUUUAUGAAGUAUUUUCCUAAAUAAAAUGUCUCUGUUA